AUGGCCAAAGAAAACCAGGGAUUUGCCAUAGGAAUAGACCUUGGUACAACCUACUCGUGUGUUGCAGUGUGGCUGGAGCAACAUAAUAGAGUAGAAAUAAUCCACAACGACCAAGAUGCUAAGAGGCUAAUUGGUAGGAAACAUAGUGAUCCCACUAUUCAAAAGGUCAAAAUGAUGUGGCCAUUCAAGAUUGUUGCUGGUGUCAAUGAUAAACCAAUUAUUAUUGUUAAUUACAAGGGUAAGGAGAAGCACCUUUGGGCUGAGGAAGUAUCAUCUAUGAUCCUCCUGAAGAUGAAAGAGAUUGCAGAGGCGUAG